AUGUCAUCAAAAGAAUCAUCCGUGCUCUCCGCCGCUCAAAUAGUCUUCUCUCCCAAUGGCUGCACACCUGAAGUGUCCGCUACAACAUCAGCCGGUCCGGUAGCAGUCUUCUCCCCAUGGAUCCCCGCCUUCGAACACCCACUGCACGCGCACUUGCCCUCGGCACAAGGGCAUGUGCCAGUAUCGCCUCCACACUGA